CCCCGCGAGGCUCCUGGCACAAAGCUGGACAGUCGCCAUGACAAGUAAGGGCAAGCAGUUCGCCGGCGGGCGGAGGCGAUGGGAAUAGAGUCCGAGAGGAGGGCAGGGAGACAGUCGGGAUUCUCGCCGUGUUGGUGGUGUAGCUACUCGACGCUGGGGAGGGGAAGUUCAACAGGCCAGAGCUGUGAAGGCGGAAUUGGUGGAUACCAUUUUAGAAGACCCCUGGCACUGUGUCAAAUAUGAAGGUGGAAGGAAGAGGGUCCUUUGCACUUGUCAUUCCUCUCCCAGAUAGCUGGAUAGUUUCUUCUCAGCAGCUAAAACGUGUCCUUUUAGAAAGGACUUCCUUAAUAUCCGAAUCCAACGAACUCACUCAGAUACUCUGUAUCACACCAUCUUGUUUAAUUUCCUUCCCAGCCCCAAUCUUUUUCUGCAAAGAUUUGUUCCUUGCCUUAAAUACACAGCAGCGUAAGCCUUCGGGGGCAGAGACCUUGUCUAUUAUCUGAUUCAUUGUUGUAUUUCUCAGUGCCUAGUACAGUACGGGGUAGCAAGGAAGAGCUCAAUAAUAACCACUGAAUGAAUGAAUGAAAAGAGACGGAAGUCUGAGGAAUUUGGCGGAUUGAGAAGCAAAAGAGGGUCAAAACCUGUAAAAAUCAAACAUAGCGCUAGCGCCCUCUGCAGGUGAGGGGGGAGUAGGAGCUUUACGAGUGCCGGAGGGAGACGGCAGGCGGAGCUCAGGCACUUCUCGCCGCGGCAGAAGCUCUCGGACUACAACAGCCAGCAGCCACCAGGAGCCCCACGGCUUGAUGGGAACUGUAAACCUGCGUGACCUGUUACGUGCCUGCCCCGCCCCUCCCGAGGGUCGCCCGCGAAAUCCGAUCCGGGAUGCGGAGGUCCAAUGGAAAGGUGGGGCCAAAUCCCGCGAGAGCGAGCGGCUCUUGGUGACCGACCGGGCUGAGGGACGCCGUGCUCGCAUCAUCUGCGUGUCCACCUGUCCGGCUCGUCUCCCGGGGGUCUUCCGCCCCCUCCCGGAAGAAGGAGGAAGGCCCCGGCGGGUUCUCCAGGUCCGCUUCCGGGAGCCCAGUGAACUUGGGGGCCGCUGCACCGGCAAGGCGGCUGGUAGCCCACGGGACGAGGGUUGCGGCCGAGGCCGGUGCCCGCGCUUCCUCGGCAGCAUGAGCGCGCCGGAGACGCCCGGGUUAGCCCCGGACCGCCUUGCUGUGGACCAGGCCCCUGCUCCCGCCCGCCUCUCUCCUCAGGCUUCCCCGACGGAUGAAAAUACGGACCCCGAACUGUUGCCACCACCAGCUGCUGGGGAAGAUCCGCCCCGCUCGUCCCCGGAUCCCACGGCUGGUUCCCAGGAGCCGGGGGAGGGCGGCUCAGUUUCUGCCUCCACCGCCCCGGAAGCGGGCCUCGCUACUCCUAACGAGUUGAGCCCUCGAAUCGAGGAGCCAGAACUUUGUGAAAACGUGAGCCUUCCUGCAGAAGAAGCGAAGGGGCCAGAGUCGAGGCCUGGAGAGGCCGUGGAAGGUGUGUCUGGGGGCCCCGCCCCGGAGGACGAGGGAUACACCACUUGGAACUACAGCUUUUCGCAGCUACCUCGGUUUCUCAGUGGUUCCUGGUCAGAGUUCAGCACCCAACCCGAAAACUUCUUGAAAGGCUGUAAGUGGGCUCCUGAUGGUUCCUGCAUCUUGACUAAUAGUGCCGAUAACAUCCUGAGGAUCUAUAACCUACCCCCGGAGCUGUACAAUGAGGGGGAACAGCUGGAAUAUGCAGAGAUGGCCCCCGUCCUUCGCAUGGUGGAAGGCGACACCAUCUAUGAUUAUUGUUGGUACUCUCUGAUGUCUUCAAGCGAGCCAGACACCUCCUACGUGGCCAGCAGCAGCCGGGAGAACCCCAUUCACAUCUGGGAUGCAUUCACUGGAGAGCUCCGGGCUUCCUUCCGGGCCUACAAUCACCUGGACGAGCUGACGGCUGCCCACUCGCUCUGUUUCUCCCCGGAUGGCUCCCAGCUCUUCUGUGGCUUCAACAGGACCGUGCGCGUCUUUUCCACGGCCCGGCCUGGCCGUGAUUGCGAGGUCCGAGCCACAUUUGCCAGAAAGCAGGGCCAGAGCGGCAUCAUCUCCUGCAUAGCCUUCAGCCCAGUGCAGCCCCUCUACGCCUGCGGCUCGUACGGCCGUUCCCUGGGUCUGUACGCCUGUGACGAUGGCUCCCCUCUUGCCUUGCUGGGAGGGCACCAAGGAGGUGUCACUCACCUCUGCUUUCACCCCGAUGGCUACCGCUUCUUCUCAGGAGCCCGCAAGGACGCGGAGCUGCUGUGCUGGGACCUCCGGCAGCCUGGUCAUCCUGUGUGCUCCCUGAGUCGAGAGGUGACCACCAAUCAGCGUAUCUACUUCGACCUGGAUCCGACGGGCCAGUUCUUGGUGAGCGGCGGCACUAACGGGGCUGUGUCCGUGUGGGACACCAGCGGGGCUGGACAGGAGGGGAAGGCUGAGCCCGUGCUGAGUUUUCUGCCCCAGAAGGACUGCACCAACGGAGUGAGCCUGCACCCCAGCCUGCCGUUGCUGGCGACUGCCUCCGGUCAGCGUGUGUUUCCCGAGCCCACGGAGAGUGAGGACGAAGGGGAGCACGAGGUGGACAUUCCCCUGCUUUCCAUGCGCCACAUCCACCUGGAAUGUCAGCUGCAGCUCUGGUGGUGUGGGGGGGCCCCAGACGUGGGGAUGGCGGAUGCUCACCAGGGCAAGAAGGGACAGGGAGGGACCGAGGAAGGUGGGGGCGAGUUUACAUAAAAAGGUUUUAUACGGUGCUAGAGUCUUUGUGUCCUUUUUU